AUGUCUGAAACACAAAAUGAACAAAUUCUAGAUCAACAAAAUGGCGUUGUCUUUGGAACUUCAUCAGCAGCGAGAAUCAAUGAUAAUCUGCAGACACCAAAUUCAAAUAAAAGAGACCUUGAAGAGGAUCACCUUCGAAAUGAGAAAAAUAAAUUAACUAAACUAGAUGCACCCAAUUACAAUUCUAGUGUCACUAAAAUAGAUCCAGAUUUUAUUGAUUUUAAGACACGAUUAUUACGCCAUAUCAAUCAAACAUUACCUUAUGAAGAAACUAAAGUGUUUUCAUAUCUAACAGAAACAAGACAAGAAGUAUCGAGAAUUUUAAAACAAUCAAUCAUUCAGAAGGAGAGUCAUUCGGCUAUUAUGGUUGGACCUAGAAACAGUUAUAAAUCGUUUUUAAUUAAUAAUGAAUUGCGAUAUCUAUCUAAAGAACAUUCAGAUCAAUUUAUCGUUGUUAGAUUGAAUGGGUUAAUACACUCUGAGCAAACAGCUAUUAAGAGUAUCGCAUUACAACUUGAAUUAGAACUGAAAAGAUUGAAUCAGGAUGAAUUAACGCCGACAGAUGAUAGUGUUGAUGUUAGUACGGGUUCAUUAACUGAGGUAUUUGAGAAAGUUUUGAAAUUAUUGGAUGCUACCAAGACACAUGCAAAUAAAGACGGCAGUGUAUCUGCAAAAGUUUCAGUGAUUUUUGUAUUUGAUGAAAUUGAUACGUUUGCCGGACCUGUUAGACAAACUUUGCUCUACAAUUUAUUUGAUAUGGUAGAGCAUUCCGUGGUACCGGUAUGUAUCAUUGGUACAACUACCAAAUUGAGUAUCUCAGAAUUCUUAGAGAAAAGGGUUAGAAGUCGUUUUUCUCAAAGAGUAAUAUAUGUUCCAGAACCUAACGAUUUAGAUGAUUUUGUUAUUGCUACAGGAGAAAGUUUAUCGCCAAUGGUUCCUCGAACUUCUGACGGCGAAAUUGUAUAUGCCAAAAAAUGGAAUAGUAUAGUAGAAACUCUAUUAAAGGAUGAAUCUUCGCCAUUGUUUUUGGAAGUACAUAAAAACUAUGAAACGUUUAAAUCUCAAACUGUAUUGAAAAAUAGUUUCAUCCCAUUAGUUGGUGAGUGUUCAAAUUUCGAAGAAUUACAAGAUGCAAUCACCACGUGUAAACAAAUAACUGAUUAUGGUAUUAACCAAUACCAGAACGAUAUUACAGCAAUGGUACAGACAUUAUCCGAUCUAGAAUUGGUGAUAUUGAUUGCAGCUGCAAGAACUAUUCUUAAGAGUAGAGACGAAAGUACAAACUUUAAUAUAACUUAUGUUGAAUACUCAAGUAUAAUCAAAUCAUUGAACGCCAGGAUUCCAUCUACCAAUAACCUAAACUCCACAACAGAUAAAAUUCUGGACAAUUUAGUAAAAUUGUGGAGUAAAGAAGAUGUGAAAAAUGUUUGGGAAACAUUACAAGAAUUUAAAUUCCUUACCGAAAAGGGUGCGAUGGGUCUAAGAGAAUCUUCCCUUGCUGUGUUUUAUGCAAGUAAUUAUUUAAUUCAAACGAGUACGAUACCAUUCGAUCUUAGAACUUACAAUAUGCAAGUAACCCUUCAUGAUCUAAGGGGAAUUGUAUCAAAAUCAUCCAUGUUUUAUCCUUGGACUCAAUUAUAG